GAUGCGAAAUGGAAUGAAUUGCGCUGUCAGUCAGAAGUAAGAGAGCUUGCGAGUGGAGCGUUGUGAUGUCGUUGGAGUACCGAAACUUUGUUUAAUAUUUUAGAAUGGCGUUGACUUGGAAUACUACACCUGUAGAUAGCAGUACGCUACAGUUUUCCAAAGAUGCUUUUGAAAAAUUCUCCAUGGCACCAUCCGUUAAAGAACUUAUUAUGACACAAAGCCAAGAAUCAAAAAAGUCUGUAGCAGAAAAGCCAGAGAAACAGAUUAUUACACCACAAUCUCAAAAUACAUCCUCAGAGAAAAAAUCUGAAGAAAUCAACUCUCUGGAUACCUUCCCAAACCCCAGAGUACCUUACCCCCGCUAUUCAUGGAUUUCUCAACAGGACCAGAAGGCCUACAUACACAAGCAGAUCAUGUGCUACAGAAAACAAAAUCAAGCAUUUCCGAAUUCUAAGAAGCUAGAUGAUCUUUUAAAGGCUGAAGUUGGUGAAUUCAUGUCUUUUUUGGAAAAUGCAGCUAAGCUUUGUGCAGAUGAUUAUAAAAUGUUGUCUGAAGAAACGGCUUGUUUUGUUGAGAAAUAUUUAAAAAUAGGUUUGGAGCGAGUGAAGAAUUAUCCUGAGGGUUUUUGUUUGAAUGAAACAAUAUCUUUAACAGGAGGAAAAUUUAAACCUGAGAUGACCUUAAAACUGCAGAAGACUUUGUUGAGUCUGGGAUUUGCUCAAUAUAGCAAAGUGACAUUCCAGCCUUCACAACUUCCUGUUGAUCGGACCAGUGUUAAUCAGCUUAUGUCACAACUGGAAAAGAAAACUAUUUCAAAUUUAGAAAUCAGCACUGACUGUAAUGCAGAAAAAUUGUGUGUGAAGUACGGCCCUCAAGUAUCUAUGACCAAAGAUGCACUGUUUACUCUUUUGAAUAAUCAUGGUACAGAGUAUAAAGAAGCAUGGGAGAUACCAGUUUGUGUCAAAAUGCUAACUGGUAAAGGAAACAUUAAUAGAAAGGUGGUUUUUGUGGAGUCACCGUUUCCAAAAAAGGAGAUUAGUAUUAGAGAGAAGAAUCAUAUUUUUCUACAGGAAGUGUGUAACUUGCUUCACAAGAUAGGUGAUCCAGUACCUAUGAAGAAAGUUGUUUUAGAUGCUGAUAUUGAAGAAAAUGUUACUUCUUAUAUGGACUGCUGUCCUAGGGAAAAUUCUACUGUGGAAGAUACGGGCAUCGAUUUUGAAAAUGACUUCACUGACAUUGAAACCUUUGGCACUGACUCUUUGUCUCCAAGCUCUAAAACUCAGGAAAGUGAAAACAGAAAAAAACCUUUAAAAGACUUAACAAAAUCGACAGAAUAUUGUACUUCUGAAUUUAUUAAAAAUGGGAAAGAGACAAAAAUGACAUUUGUAACUGGAACUCAGAGCAGUACAUUUUUUGGUUGUCAUACUGACAAUAAUGAAAAAAAAUUGGAUCACUUGCAAAAUAAUUCAGCUUGUGAACAUUACCCGGUUGAUAGUCUUAAACUUGUGAAUAAAUUUGAAAACUCUUUGGAUAAAAGUAGAGUUUCAGUUCAAAAACCUGCCUUUAUGAAUUUACAUUCUUCAGAGGUUGAUUCUGAUGAAGAGCGAUUGGUAAUUGAUGAAACUUCUUCUAAAACCUCCCAAGACUUAAAUGUGUGUCAUUCUGAAGAAAAACAAAAUUCUGAUCCUGUUUUAAAUUCUGUUCCUAGUACUCCAGAAUCACAAACAAGUGAAUUUUAUAUGGCUCAUCAAAAGCCAGAUAUUUUACCACAUGCAAGUAAGAAUAUAGCUGCCAAAGGUAAAACAAGAAAAUUGCCACAGCAGUGUGACCAGCUUGGAGAUAUCCUUAAAAUGCAAAGUGAACUGUUGAGGCCAGUCAGUAAAUCUUCUCUAGAACAGCCUUUGACAAAACCAGUGCAAGCUGUUCUAAGCACUCCACAUUUACUUCUGAAAUCUUCUGUUUCUGCUGUUUUGGAGUCUGGUGAAUCUGCAGCUAAAGAUGUCCGUUCACCUGAAGAAGUCAUAUGUCCUUCUGUUUUCCAACAUGCUAUUCAGCUGAAAUAUUUACUUCCUGAUGACCUUCUUCUGAAUGAAGAGGUUGUUUCGGAGUAUACACCACCAGUAAAAGGAAACAUCAUCUAUAAGCUUUACAGCCUUGAAAAUAUACUUUUAAUGGUUCGAAGUAAUUUGCAGAAGCUCAAGUCUGUCUCAAGAAAAUCUUGUGCAAAGCAGUUUUUGCCGGUUUACAUCCUACCUAAGGUUGAAUAUCAGGCCUGCUAUGGUGUAGAAGUUGUCACUAAAGAUGAAGCCUGCCGUUUAUGGAUGGAAAAGCUUUUACAUUCAAAUACUAAGCUGUAUGUAGGUCAUAUUGAUGUUUUCACAUCCCAUUUAUUUAUGAUGGAAGAAGUAACAGGUAGACUUGCUGAAAAAUGUGAAAACUUUAAGCCAUCAAGUUCUUUAAACAUCCUACAUAAUAUUUUAAACAAGCUAGUCAACUUGCAAGAAGGAUCUUACAUUUUGAAUCACAAAGCUGGAGAUUCUUUCCUCACAAUCUAUAAGUCAUGUAAACAGCUCACCCGAACUUCCUACAAAUUACAUGAAGCCCAUAGUUCUCUACCUUUGGAACCUACCACACAGAGUGUCCCUUGGGUGCCUGUGGAUCCAAGCCAAGCUCUGCCAUAUCACUCCAGGCAUGGAAGAAUUCCUUGCACAUUUCCUCCAAAUCCAGAACAGAAAUCAAAAGAUCAAAAGAAGGGUAGGGCAAAGUGGAUAAAGCACACUAAUCAAGAAGACAAGACUGUUGACAUAGAAACCAAGUCUGAACGACUGCCAAAGCAACCUGGGGGACACGGGGGUAAGGCGAACAAAAAGAAGAAAAUCAACAAAAAAAAAGUAUGGGUACACAAAUUGAGCCGUUAUUAAAAACAACUAAUUAACAGAUUUAAUUACAGGAAGCUGCACUUUUUAUUUUUAUAUAGUUGGUUAUGUAUUUUAUUGUCUUUUUUUUUCUUCCUUUUAAUCUUCUGCCUUGUCCCCAUCCCAAUGAAUCAUUUCCUUAAAAUUUGGAAGCACACCUUGUACUAUGGAUUUUUUUUUUCUUUAAAAAAACAAAGAAUAAAACUUUACAUGAGAGGAGAAAAGUGGAGAAUCAAAUG